GCCCAUUUAUUUCCGGCAAACGGGCAACGUCCGAACCUUCGUCUAAAAAUGGAGGCUAUCGAGGAGUGAAACCGCACGUUACGACAAAAUAUAUCAUCGAUAUAUAAGACAUUUAUUCACGGAGUGACCUGGGACGGUUUCACGACGAAAAUGAAGUCUGUGAAACCGAGAACCAAAACAAAAAAGAACAACGGCAGAUUUGGGAGGGUGAAAUUUGGAAAUAAGGAAUCUGCAGAUAAUUCCAAUCCUGACUUGUCCCAGUUGCGCAAGCCGAUCGACAUCAGCGUGUCGAGUUUGCUGCAAGUUACAAAAUUGCUGGAAAUCGGUGGUGAGGAGGUGAAAUGCAUGCUAGCGUACGAAUGCGACGUUGUAUAUGAAUGCAGAGUCUGCCGCAGUCUGUUCAGAAGUCUGGCCAACUUUAUAUCGCACAAGCGGGUUUACUGCAGGGAAAAAUUUAAUAUCGCUCUUUUCAGACGGAGUCACAAUGACCACAUCAUAUCGGAGGGUGCUUUUAUGUUCGAUCCAGAAUUGACGGAGGAUGCUAAAUGCAAGGAAGACGACGACAACAUUCGAAUACUUCGCAGUCAGGUUGUCAGAGAUACAUUAAAGAAAGAUCUCACAUCUGUCGUCGACAUGCUUCAGAAAAAGCAAAGCGAUGAGGAGGACAAAGAUUCGUCGCAGUUCAACUCUGAACCAAAGAGGUCCAAGCUACCAAAUCGCCGAGUGAAGCUCAAGCCUGAAAUGAAUAAGUUGAACCAGGAAAUCAUCCUUGAGCCGAUAGACACAAGCAAAAAUGCUGUUUAUCAGACUGCAAAUGUUGUUCCUCAGUCGUCGGCGUUGCAAGCUGCCGAUCUUAUGAAAGCUCAGAUAAUAGAGCUGCAAAACAUGAUUGGAUGCAAUACUGCAGUCAUUUAUUCCAAAGGUGAAACCGUGGACACAAAUCUGUUAGAGAAGAGCGACAGUCCCUUGCAGAUAUACGGCAGCGAUGAAGAGCAAGCGGAAAAUGUGGAGUCAAAAUCUCCUCAGAGUUUGGUGUGCUCAGUGUGUAACGCAAAGUUUGCCACCAGGAAAACGUUGACCUACCACAUGAAGUCGUUGCACGUCUCGUAUCGAAAAUGUUAUCCGUGUCCUUGCUGUAAUAGUACAUUUGCAAAUACUUGGAGCGUGUAUCGGCACCUUUUCAAAGUUCACAGAAAAUCAAAUGAGCAGGUGAGAAAACUCCGUGCUCAAAUACAGGAAAAGGCAUUCCGCAAGGAAACCACUGGAGCUGAGGAUAUAGAAAAGGAAAAUGCCAUGACAAAAUCUUUGAGCACGUCGCUGCAGGAGACAAGCAAUACUACUCAGGAAUGGAUGGACCAUUUUGAGUCUGAUCUAGAGCUCCAGCGCUGUGGCGGUUGCGGUCGGCGGUUUGACAGAAGAGCAGCGCUGAUCUCUCACUCGCAAUCGUGUCAGAAGCGAAUAGCUGCCUGUAACGAAGCAGCAACAGCGAGCAAGGCGAAGAGAUCAGAAAAAACUCCGUCGCCCAUCGAUCAACCGAGUGAUAGCCAGCCGUCACAUAAAAACACACUUGAACGCACCGUGAGAAGUUCCCAAAGUACUGAGAAGCAGGUUUCUCAAAAUACCGAAUCACCAUGCAUCCAGAAUUUGGUCGAUACCUCAAAUUUGGGCUCUGAAGAAUCACCUUCGGAGUUGAUCAGUAAUAACGAGACUUCGAUACGAGUAGAGAAUGUUUCCAGAAUCAGCGACGCCGACUGGGAAAUGAUGGGGAAUAAUUUUGGCAAGAUUUCAAUGAACAGUGAUUCAUUUCUGACUGCCAGUUCUCUGUUCAAUAAAGAUCGGGCAGUCGCAUCCGACGACGAACUGGCACUUGCCAACAAAGUUCCAGAUUCCCCCGAAAUUAUAUUUACAAGCAUGGACGAAUCCAGGACGGUCGCGAUAAGCUUCGGUCCCAAAAGGAGAAGAAUAGCUCUCUUGAGAAAUUCCUCAAAAGAUUUAUCAAACAGCUCAGGAUCUCCAACUGUUUCUAACAAAAUUGAAAAUCCCGUGAAAUUGGUGCCACCGAGCAGUGAAAAGCAGACAUUUAGCACAGAUCACAUGAAAAUAAUGGAGAAUCGAAUAGCGAUGAUUGCAAAUGUUCGAAAGCUACAGUGCUUGCCGUGUCAUAGGAAAUUUACAUCGAUGACAAAUUUGAGGAGACACAUGGCUAUCCACAUAGGUUGGAAUCGAUACCGCUGCAGACUUUGUGACUUCAAGUGUUUUGUUAAGUGCGAUUGCGUAGCACAUUGCAACAAAGUACACGACGCCAAGAACAAUAGAGCCGUUAUUGCGGAUAUGGUCAUUCAGAUCCCGCCUGAUCAAAGUGCUCUUGCCCAACAAAUUAUGAUGGAUCUGUCCAAUUCUUGCGAAGGUAAUCCUGAACCAGAUAUUAUCGAAGUCGCGUCACCGCCGUCCAAGGAAGCUGACGUGGUUGAACUUACAAGCAAUUCCAACAGUGUCGAGUAUCUGCAGGAUAAAACUGAUGAAAAGGAUAUCAAAUUGCACAUUGAAAAGUCAGUCGACAAGAGCAAAACUGAAGCAGCUAAAGAACAACCACGAGAACCAAAUCCGAGCAAACGCGAAGAUGAAAGUGGUGAUUCAAGCCAGGAAGAAACACCUCAGCAAACGCAAAGCAGACUUGACAAGGAUCCAGAUCUUCGAAAAAUGGUAAUGGAAGUAAUAUUCGGCACGGCGGAGGGCGAACCGGAGUCGAGACCAGACCCGGAAAUCCAUCGGACAAUAUUAGAAAGCAAGAGUUGGAAAGCUACAGAUUCAGCAACCAAAAUUAACGGUGACGAGGAUACCAGGAACAGCACAGAGGACAGUUGGAAGAGGAGCAACAAUAACUCGAGUACAAAGGAGCCGAAAAAGCGGCCGACGCGAAAUCGCGUGAAGCCAGUAAAUGAGGAUUUUAUAUACGACUUGACUGAGGUGAUCCGCAAGGAAUCUGCGAUCCACAAAGCUACUGGAGUAACGGGAACCCAGAAGACAUUCAAAAAGAAGCAAUCAAACCAGCAGCAAUCUUCCGGAGAGACCGAAAACGAUCCGGAGAUCAAAUCAGAAUCAGCCACACAAGCUUCUGAUGUGCAUAAAUUAUCAUCAGCGUGUAAACCAUCGUCUUUAGUGCACAGCAAAAAGGCCGAAAUAAAUAAUUACAUCAACAAAUUUUCCCUGAGACAGGCUGAGGUCAGAUUACAUCCCACGGAUGGACUGGCAGUAUUGAACAGUGUUGGAGUGACGAACGCACCAGUUAUCACGCCAAAGUAAAUUUGAUUUUUCCUGAGCUUUGAGAAUUAUUGAUAAUCUCCAUUCCGGCGCAUAAAUAUUUUACCAUUUGAUUUGGAGAAAAAAAUAUUCAAACAUGAUUUACAUUACUUAAGAAUUAUGAAAAGUCCAGUAAUGGUCUUUCAAAUCUAGCGUUACAGCUGUCAUGGAUAAUAUUGAGGAUUUCAAAAUUUAUCUCAAAUUUUUCAAAGAUUUCAAAGGUAUAUUAUACAUAGAUUUAGUGCUGUACUUAGAGGGCGAGAUGCAGAUACAGAUUAUAUGAGAUCUGUAACGAUUUCUGAAGCUACUUGGGAUAAGGAAAAUUUUAAAAACCUCGUAGUUGUACAUACAUACAUACAUAGAUAUUCAUUAAAGAAAA